UCCCUCUGCUUGUCAGGAAGCAAGCUGAUUGGCCGAGGCCUAGCAAAGAGUGCCCGGGGAUCCAAAACUGCAGGCCGCACUUAGCUUAUCGUCAAAAAUAAACCAAAAUAAUAACAGACAAACUCGAGGAGGGGGAAACACACCGUUACACUCAGAAGACGACGUUAUCAGACUGAACAAUUGUCUUGAUGGAAGGAGGCCUAUCAGUUUUCCUGUUGGUUUUAUUGUAAAGGUCUUGUCACUAAAUGUGAAGGUAUGUAUUGAUUUCUUGUCUGCUGCACAAAGUGUAAUUUUUUUGCCUUUUAAUUUCGUUUCAAUAAUUCAAAUCAUACAAAUGAAGUUGUUUAACCCUAUAAUUUUCAGUUUUUUAUUAAAGAUUUAAAAAAUGGAUCAGGGCGGUGGAGUGUUGGAGCUACAUACUCAGGAGCUGAAGAUGCCCCAUGCUAUGAUCAUGCAAGAUUUUGUUGCAGGCAUGGGAGGUUUGGCUCACAUUGAUGGAGAACACAUUGUUGUGUCUGUACCUGAGGGAAUGCUUCUGUCUGAUGUAAUGACCGACGAGGGCAUCCUCCUGGAGCAUGAACUGGAGGUGGAAGGUCUGGAGACUCAAGUAGUUGAAGGACUGGAGGCUGAGGUGGUUGAAGGACUGGAGGCCGAGGUGGUUGAAGGACUGGAGGCUGAGGUGGUGGGGGGUUUACAUACUAAUGUAGAGGGCUUGGAGGCUGAAGUUGUGGAAGAGCUACAGACACAUGUGGUAGAGUUAGAAGCUCAGGUUGUUGAGGAUCUUGAGGGUGAGGUUGAAGUUGAGGGUCUGGAGACACAUGUGGUUGAGGGGCUGGAGACAGAGGUAGAUGUGGAGGGUCUGGAAGCUCAUGUAGUUGAAGGUCUUGAAGAAGAAGUUGAAGUUGAUGGUUUAGAAACUGAGGGGGUGGAAGAGCUGGAGGUAGAUGUGGAAAGUCUUCAGUCUCAAGGGGUUGAGGCCCAUGAAAUGGUGACUGAAGAUAUGGUCCCCUCAGGACACAGUGUAAUCAUGCCUGACAAUAUCCUGGGGACAGAGGUUGCAAUUGAGGAGUCCUUGGACGUCCACCACCAUCAUGUCUUAACAUCAGACCUGAUCCAGGACUCAAAUCAUCAUGAUGACAUGGCAGACCAAGUGUUUGUGGCAGAGCUUCUGUCUGAGCACCCAGAUGACGCAUUAGACCACCAGCUUGUAUCAGAAGGUCUAAUGGUGGCAGAAGGCAGCUCGAAGACUAUUAUUCAUCAACAGCUGACAACUGAGGCUGUUCCCCUGCAGACGGAUGAGGAGGAUGAUGCAAGAAGCAGUUCUGAGGAUUACCUCAUGAUCUCCCUUGAUGAGGUGGGUGAGAAAUUGGAUAUAGGAGACACUCCACUGGAGAUCACCACCGAAGUCAUGGAGGACAAAGAAAUCAAAGAGGAGGACGACGACUCUGAGGUCAUAAAAGUCUACAUUUUUAAGGCUGAAGCAGAUGAUGAUUUAGGUGGAACAGAGGUAAUAACGGAGGACGAUUACCAGAACAGCCAUCCUGAUCUGGAAGCAGCAUCAUCAGGCAGACUGGGAGUGGGCCGUGACAAGAUGGUCUACAUGGCUGUUAAGAACCCUCUAAAGGAAGAAGAAGACGAUGACGAUGAUGAGAGUGAUGAUGAUGAUGAUGAUGACAACAUCAGUAAUACUAUUGAUCCGGUGAACAAUGGAGUUGCUACACCUUUUCUUCAGAUCCGCGAGGGACUGGGCACAAACAGCGUGCUCAAACCAAAGGCUAGGAAGAAGAAGAAAGGAGACGCACGUCAGUGUCAGACUGCUGUCAUCAUUGGACCAGAUGGGAUGCCUUUAACUGUCUACCCUUGCCACAUAUGUGGAAAGAAGUUUCGCUCACGGGGAUUUCUCAAAUGCCAUAUGAAAAACCACCCAGACCAUCUGCUCAAGAAGAAGUACCAGUGUACAGACUGUGACUUCACCACCAACAAGAAGAUCAGUUUCCACAAUCACUUGGAGAGUCACAAGCUCCUAAGCCACAACAGUGAGCGAUCUCCAGAAUAUACAGAGUACGCACGGCGAUACCACGAGUCCAGCCCCUUGGGCUCUGACAAGCUCAUCGUUAAGGACCGGGAGCCCAAACUGCAUCACUGCAAAUACUGCGAUUAUGAGACAGCAGAACAGGGUUUGCUCAACCGCCACAUGUUAGCAGUGCACAGUAAGAACUUUGCACAUGUGUGUGUUGAAUGCGCUAAAGGCUUCCGUCACCCGUCAGAGCUGAAGAAACACAUGCGGACCCACACGGGCGAGAAGCCCUACCACUGUCCGCACUGCGAGUUCCGCUGUGCUGAUCAGUCUAAUCUAAAGACUCACAUAAAGGGCAAGCAUGGCGCCGAUCUGCCCUUCAAGUGCAUCCAUUGUCCCCAAGCUUACGCUGAUGCUCGUGAACUCCAGCGCCACAUAGAGAUGGUGCAAGGGCACAAGACCCACCAGUGUCCACAUUGUGAGCACAAGAGCACCAACUCCAGUGACCUUAAACGGCACAUCAUCUCGGUUCACACCAAAGACUUCCCCCAUCAAUGCGACGUAUGUGAGAAAGGUUUUCAUAGGCCCUCGGAAUUGAAGAAACACGCAGAGACACACAAAGGGAGCAAGGUGCACCAGUGUCGACAUUGUAACUUCAACGCUCCCGACACCUUUACCUUGAGUCGCCACAUUCUGUCGCUGCACACAAAGGACCUUCCCUUUAAGUGCAAACGCUGCCGGCGAAGCUUCCGGCAGCCCGCUGAGCUGAAGAAGCACAUGAAGACACACAGCGGUAGGAAGGUUUAUCAGUGCCAGUAUUGUGAAUAUAACAGUACAGACGCUUCUGGCUUCAAGCGCCACGUCAUCUCUAUUCACACCAAGGACUAUCCCCACCGUUGUGACUACUGCACCAAGGGCUUCAGGAGGCCGUCAGAGAAGAGCCAGCACAUAGCCAGGCACCACAAAGACAUGAUGAUGUAACGUCAUCACACACGAACACACACUCCUUUCUCACAUGGAUCUGUCCCACACUCGGAGGUCAUUUUAAUGUAUAAACAAGCAGUGAUGCCGGCAGUUGAAGAUAUUACAAUUGCUGUUCUGUGUUGUAUUGAUUUAGACUCUCCAUAAGGGGAAACGCAAGAAAACAUUUUAAAUUGAAUGAAAUAUAAAGACAAAAACAACAAAAAAAAGACUGUAAACUGAGUGAGAUGGCUGUAAAUUGUCUUUUGUUGCAGAAAAUCACAUAUGAACAUAUAUUCAGGGUUUCAAAUGUCUAUUUUUAUACCCACUCCCCUAAAACGCUGCAAGAUGAUGACUGUCAGUGCUUGGUGAACAUCAUGCUGCCCCUUCAGAGGAGGCAGAACGAGUACAGGAACCUCCGUAUUACUAACUUGUACCCUUGUUACCAGCUUUUAACCUGACCCUUAUGCUCGGACUGGGUUGUUGGGGUGGUGGCAUGCAUAAAUGCAUCGUGGAAAAAAAUUCAACUUCCUGUGUUUUAGAAUUUUGUCUCAAGCCUGAACACUCAUCGUUUCCUUAAAUGAAUCAUGUAUCGAUUGUACCAACUGUUCAGUUUAUCAUCACUUAAAUUUGGAUCAUAAAGGUUCUGGUCCAGUUGGAUUCUAGCAGGAAGGAAGAAGAGCCCUAGAGUUUUUAAAUUAUUGCUUUGGUGUAUGCGUUUUCAACAGGAAGUGGCUGUUCCGCUGCUGGAGAUAUGCAGAUAACUUAUUGUGUUGUUACCAUUAAUUGUUAUAUGAAAGACAUUUACAAAUACCUGAAGUGGUUGUACUGUAUCUGAUCGCCACUGCAGUCACAGAUAUGUGAUGCUACCCAUGACACAGAUGUACUCGUCGUUAAGCGUUAUAUUGCAGUCACACCUCACAUCUGUCGGUCGUUGUCCCUUAAGCACCGAUGAACACAGCCAAUCAGAAGAUGAGCGAUUCUCAACCCUCACAUGCUGAAUCAACACCAUUCUCUCUGGGAUUGGGUUGGAGUCAGUAGAAAGCACUUUAUUUUAUUUUUAUUUUGUAUUUUAUUGACGUAUGGAAGUUGAUUUACCUACAGAUAAAUCUACAUAGAUGCAUCUGGAAACACCACACCUGCAGAACUUAAAAGGGUAACAGCAACAUGUGGGCACGGUCCAUUCCUGCAUCCAAACAGAGCUGAAAGUUGUUUGUGGAACCAUUUAUUGUUUUAUGAGUAAGUGAUUUGGGUUUUGUGUUUUUGUUUGUGCUCACUAACAAAAUUCCCAGACACUAGACCUAAAUAACUUGGUCCCAAGCAUAGGACUGUUUCCUCGAAGUCCGUGGUCAUAUUGGCAUUAGUCUUUAAAUUAUGCACAUAUGCUGUCUUCAUGAAAAUAAUUGUGGUAUAUAUUAAAAAAAUUCCUGCAUUUCGUGUACCUUAGUCUAUAUUUUUCUUUCAGUCUGAUUGUGGAUAAAGUAGUGGUGGGGAAAACUAAAAUAAACAAUUAUCUUUUUA